GUUGAAGUAAUAGACCCGGGAUCUUGGUUGAUAUUGAUUACCACGAGCUUCUACCACAAGAGCUCCGGAGAGUACUAUUCCUGCCGUGUUAAUAUUCACGAACUAGUCUAGAGAGAAACAAUGAAGUCUUCAUGUCCGCCUCGUCGCCUGCAGCCAUGGCUGCAGCUGUUUCUGCGCCUAUUCUUGGCCACCAGUGCAACAUCUUCAUUACUCCUAGGAGGAUCUUUUCUCCACGUUCGCGCCGAGCUGCUUUCCGGGAUGGUCGAGCGGCUGGUGUUCGCGGGCAACAGCGGUAACUGCGACACGGAGUGCGGGCACCGCUGUCUUUCCGGGUCGGACCUCGAGCGCUGCGCGGCGGAGUGCGGGUGUGGCGGGGGGUACUCGAACAUUUUUGCCUUCACCUCCGACGACUUGUUCUACACGCACGACGGCGGACAGCAGUGGUCGCGGGUCGACAGCAACUUUCUCGCUCGCGGCGAGGCCGCCGAACAAGAGAAGCUGCGUAUUGUGAGGAAAAAUCCCCCCUCCCCAUACCAACCCGGGACACUUUUGAAAAUUUGUGAUGCUGAUUUGUGACCACAAGUCGUGUCUGUAUUGCAGGAAGGCAAAGCCAAAAACCCCGCCGCGUUCUGCAGGGGAUUUGUAAUGCUGUAUGGCCUACAGAGGACGCGACUGCCUUGCUAGGCGCCUACGCCAAACCUCCCUUACUCAGGCUCUCUAUCUGCCUGUAGUCCUCUACUGCAAGACAAAGCCAAUUUGUGUACACAGAUUCCGCAUCACAAAUUUCCACUUCGAUAUGGGGUGGGGGGAUGUUUCCUUUUGAUACUGCGCAUGCAGUUGCCGCUGGCUUUUGGCCAGUUGUCGCAGAUCAAUACCGCGCCGGACGAGGAAUAUCAAAGUGAAAAAAGCCCCCACCCCAUAUUCAAAAGACAAUUUGUGUUGCUGGAUUUGUGUACACAGAUACACUUUGUAUUGCAGCAAUAGCUUCUUGUCGGCAUAGUACCCUAAGCCCAUUUGAGGGUACGCAUCUUCCGGCUAGCAGUUCUUGAGGAUGAGAAACAAGUCUGAUAUAGGCGAAAACGCAUGACAGACUCGCGGCACAAUGCGCCACAUGGGUGCCGUUUGCCUUGUACGCAAGACAAAGCUGAUUUGAGGUCAUCAAUCAGCAUUGCAAAUUUUAUUCUUUUCGAUAUGAGGAGGGGGCAUUUUUCCUUACGAUAAGGAAAGCAAAAUGAACACCCCGGAGCCGGAGAGCAGUGGGGCGAAUGGCGAGAUGGUUGCAAACGUGGUGGUAUCAAAUGUAAAAAUGUCUGGGUCUGGAAGAUUCUGAGAUUUGUCAUGCAUGUUUUGCAUGACCCAGGAUGUCUGUAAUGCACGACCGCGCAUCACAGAUUUUGAGAGGGCUUCCUGAUGCCUACUCCGCAUGACAAAGGCCCUCCCCGCGUAGCACAAACUAGACUCCUCUUGCUGGCCAUGCAAUACAGAUUUUUCUAGAGUCCAAAGUGAGCAUCACAAGUUCCAAUCUUCCAGACCCAGACAUUUUUGCAUUUGAUAGGUGGAUCCGUUGUUCACACUGAAUUUCGGCAUGGUACCGACCGGCGGUUCCUUUAGCAGCAACGGAGAAAUGACUGGAGGUGGCAAGGAGCAUGAAGAUCUUCCCACGCAGGAGCCGCACAGAACGUCGUUUGCGCAGCGCCGGGACAGCACUACGGUCACCCCCGGGAGCAGCGCGUUCGCGGGGACCAGCGCCACCAGCCCAAUUUUGCAGAAGUUCUCCGGCUAUCAACUGCAAAUGUGUCCGGUGUAGUUUUGGAAGAUUGCUACAUUUGUCAGGUGGCAUGGUUGACAUGAUCAUUCGAGAAUCUGUGAUGCAUGAGCACGAACAACGAACAAAGGGCCCUCCUAGUUGUCCUACCUGUCAUGCAAAAAGAACGCAGUUUGCGGUGCGGAAUGUUGAAUACGCAACACAUAGGAGCUCAAAAAUUUGUCAACAUGCUUGGCUCCGUCUUGCGUUCUUGCGCCUCUCAUUCACUUCUCACAUUACGGAGCAGACCCAGAUCGAGAUUUGCAUUUGAUACCGGCAGUAAGCACGCCUCGAACCAGCACCAGGUUUACGUGUCGGAGCGGGAUCGGGACCAGGUGGCGCUGGCCACGGUCUCCGGCCUGUGGUUGUCCCGGGACGCCGGGCGGUCGUGGCGGGCGGCGUCCUCCGUGCCGCAACCGUUAAACACCACGUCUCUCGCCCGGUGGGACUGGCACCCGCGCACCGUCGGGACGGCGCUGGUGCUGACGAAGAGGGGCGUGCUGUUUCAGGUGCAGGUCGCCGUGUCUUUAUCCUGGCUGCACUGGAAGCUGGUGGAUACGGGGGUUCACAACUUUGCCUGGGGCCUUGGCGUAGAACAGUUCACGGCCGCUCCAACCAACCAGCAGUUAGACAGAGUGUACUUAGUGAAACGGCAUCGCGCCGGGGGCUACGAGGAGACCAAUGCGGAUAGCGCGUCGUCGUCUACUAGACGCGGGGUUCUUGCGCCGAUGCAGUUUGUCGCCAAUUUCGGUGCCGGCAUGUCCGCCUGGCCGACGUUUUCUUUUUUCACUUCCACGCACGGGAUAAACAGUACAAGUGCACCACGGACAUCAAGAACUCCUGGCGCGGAGGAUGUUGAAUUGCAGUUACAGCAGCAAUCUCCAACGAUGAACAGCGAAGACCGUCCAGCAGGACCCGCUGCGAAGACCCUACAGAGAGGCAGCUCCGCAACGGCCCCAGGGGCUCGCGACACAAAAAAUCCUCCGCUCUCCGAGGAGAAGUUUUUCUUCGGACAUGGGUACGACCUGCUGCGGUCGGACGACUUCAUGACCACGUUCGAGGUGCUGAUCGGCGACGGGUCACCAGCCUCCGGUCCGCGGGUGGCCGCACGCAUCUUGUUCGAGGCAGGGCUGAUACUCGCCGUCGCGCUGGAAACGCCGAAAUCGAUGUUCCGCUCGGGCGCGACCAAGCAGGAGCGCGAGCAGCUCUUUCUGUGGUGCUUCGACGGCGCCAAGCACGCACGCGACGAGGCGGCGGCGGGAGCGUGGUUCGGGAGUAGCGAGUACAACUCCCACAUGGAGACGGAGUGGGCCGCGCCGCGCAGUGCGGCUUCACCAGCACCAGAAUUGGAGGACCAACAGCAAAGCGGAACCACUUCUGGGACGACGGGAACUUCCGCCACCGGAGGGCGCAAUGUUGAUGACAAAAAGCAGCAGAUGAACCUGUCGCAGUACUGGCAGCGUGUUCACUACACGGUCACGGAAAAUGACGACGAAGCGCCGACGUCCGUGCAGCUGCUCGGUUUGCGCGUCCUCGCGGUCCACCCGCAGUACAUCCACGUGGUUCUCCCCCCCGACCUGCGGCGCGAAGAGGGGGCGGAGAACGAUCCGAGUCGCGAGCACGCGAUCGGCGACGUUUUAUCCCCUGGGAAGAAGCAUCGUAGUCUUUGUGAAGAUUAGCGCAAUCACGCAUGAGAAAUCUAGUUCUCUACGGUAAUUCACCAUGACAAAUUUCUCCAAGCGCUGUCAUGCUUCGCUAAUUUGUCAUGCGAUUUUUCCUACGAGCACGAUACUUUUGCAAAAGUGCAUACGUUUUUGAGGUCAUCGAUUUCCAGCGCAUGCGCCGCGUGAUCCCGGACUUGGUCACGAAAUCCAUGAACAAGCAGCCUUCGUGGAUCGACACCGGCGUCGGCGGGGUGUUCAUCGCGACAAAAAUCGGGCUGCCAUUUGCAGACCAGCUGGACGCGGAGGAGGGUGGUGGAGCAACGUCAGAAAUGGGUGCCGCGGCUGCGAGUCUCGAAGUAUCAAAUGCAAAUAUGUCUGGGUUGGGAAGAGUGCACGUUUGUCAUGCUUGUCUGGCAUGACUCUUAAAUCUGUCACGCACGUUACCGAAGAGCCCCAUUUUGCUGUCAUGCAGAGUCGCAGUUUGUCAUGCAGAAUAGGCAACAUCUAGAAACCCAAAAGCUUCUCAUGCAGAGCCAGCACUUGUGGCCUGUUCAUGAUACGCCACCCAGCAUCACAAGUUUCCAGACCCAGACAUUUUUACAAUCCAUACGAAGAAGAUGAAACCGACAUCGUGAACGACCAACAGGUUCUGUACGAGUCCUACAUCACGUUCGACAACGGGCAAGUGUGGGAGGCGGUUCGGACCGAUGUGGAGGAGAUAUGGAGUCCUCAAAGAACGUUACAUUCUCAACUGUUACAUGAUUUGUCAUGCAAAAUUGCCAUAAGCAACCACACGACCAAGUGGCUGCGCAUGACAAAUUCUCGAAGGGCUAGACAGCACCUAAAUCUGUGCCAAAUUUGUAAUGCAAGAGCUGCAACCAAGAUCCUCGUCCUCCCUUUCACUUUCGCUGGUCAUGCAUCACAAGUUCAUGUAACAGUUGAGAAUGUAACGUUUGAGAACGCCAUAGGAGACACCGCUGUCUCUGCCGUCCGCGAAAUCCUGCCGGUCCGCACCGGGGCUCUUGCUCGGAGUCUCGCCCGAGGCGGAGUUGUAUGUGUCGCGCGACGGGUAUGGAAGCGUCAGGUUUGAAAUCGUCAAAGUUGAAAUAAUCUGUAAUGCAUAAAAUGCAUGACCCGGGGCACGUGUGUUGCAGAGCAGGCAAGUGAGGCCGAUUGUAAGCCUGUUUGGGGUUACAGCUCGAGCUGCUAAAGUAGCAUAAGAAAAUCACUCUUCUUUGCCUAAACAGCAUGACAAACUGGAUUUAGGGACCGCCGAGAUCAUUUGUCAUGCGCCACUUAGAAACUGGGUUCCAACUGGCAUCCAUUUUAUGCGUGACAAAUUAUUUCAACUUUGUCGAUUUCAACUCUGACACAUCCAUAAAGGGGGGCGGCGGUGGGAGCUGAGUCUGCGCGGCCAGUACCACGCGCAGAUUCUCGCCGGCGGCGACAUUUUGGUGGCCGCGCCGAACGCGGAAACCGGUGCAAAAGCCAACACGCUGUUAGUGUCGACCGACCAGGGCACUACCUGGUCCGCCGUGAGCCGGCUGAAACCCCUUGGAGGUGGUCGUGGAGACGGGUCAGUUGCGAACGGGGUCAGUGCAGAACAGGACGACAUGCAGGCCUUCACGAUUGGGGACCGCAUUUCCGUGGACAGUGACGGCGUGCGACGCGACGAGCGGUUUGCGUCCAACAAGGGAAUGACUUCCUCAUCCGCACUGUUCCCCCCACCAGUAGCAGAUGAAAGAGAUGGCGCUCCUGCAGCUGUGCCGAUGUCAUCAACGUCUUCCGACGACGGUAGGAGUGCGACGGACCUUCGUAUCUCCGGCCUUUUCACUCACCCCAGUUGCCUCUCCACGGUCGUGUACGUCGAGACCUUCGACACGCAAACCCGCACUUACCGCACCUACACCGUGGACAUGGCGGAUGCGCAGUACCAGCGGCUAGGUCUCUGCACGCUCGGAGAUCUGGAACCUUUCUCCAUUCGCGACGAAAACGAUUGCCACCUGGGAGAACGGCUCACUUUCUGGCGCCGCCCGCGGGACGCCAGCUGCCGAUCCGCCCACGUCGCCACAUCCGAGAUUCGCGACGAAACAGCGGAUGGCAUGAAUACUGCCUCCUCUCUCGCGGACCACUUCCAGGCAGGGAACAAAGAUUUGUGGACCCUCCUCGGUAGAGAUACGAGGGGUAGUAAUGGCGAAAGCGAUGUGAACAACAACAACUUGAGCAAUUUGCGGAGAAAUGGGAACAGCGCCAACAACAACAUGCUAACAGCGGCGUCAAACGCCAUGAGCAACCAGCUCCCGGUGGACCACGCGUUCUGCGAGUGCGCGGCGAGCGACUACCUGUGCUCCCCUGGCUUCCAGCGCAGUCUCGACGCGAGCUACUGCGAACGCGUGGACCCUCAGGGACAGCUAUCAAAAUGAAAAACGCCCCCUCCCCAUUUAGCAAAACAGAAAUCUGUGUUGCGGGAUUUGCGUACACAAAUUGGAUUUGCAGUAGAGGACAAACGCACGCAGAUCCUAGGUGGGCCGGGCCUUUUGGUGUAGGCGUCUAGAAGGGCAGAGGUCUGUCCUGUAGGCCUUACAGCAGUACAAACCGCCUGCAUAAAAACGCGGCGGACUUUCUCACUUUGCUUUUUUGUAUAAGACGGACAGGGUUUGUGGUCUCAAAAAAUCUGCAAGAACGCAAAUCAUCAGACAGAUGCCUAUCUUUUCAAUAUGGGGGGGGGGAUGAUCAUGUUUCCUCAGAAUAACAGCCGGAUUUGGCGGUGAUGUGCUCCAAGUUGCGGUGGUGGGAAACGGAACUGGUCCUGACCCGGGGCUACGAGAAGAUGCCCGGUAACAAGUGCAUCGAAACGAAAUCGGCCAGAACCUCGAAGUUCCAGCCCAUGCGGGAGACCUGCGUCGCACACAACGUCGAGUUUUACCCGUAUCCUCAGGAAAAACGUCGCCACCCCAUAGUCAAGAUGGGAAGUCUGCUAGACAAAUCCACAAGUUUUGGCGCUUGCGCAUGACAAGUUGUUUCUGAUGUAGUAUAGUCCUGUCUAGGUCUUCUAGCGCGGAUGCAUCACAGAUCCGCUGUCUCAUCGUGAAGAUUCGCGCAUGACAACUUACCAAACGGGACUAGAUGAAAUUGCGCGUCAUAUUGCGGAGCAGCAUGACAGAUGCUUCGACCAUGCAGACUAGCAUGACAACUCUGGGCUGGGGACGUUUUUGCUCAGCAUAACCCGCUGCAGGUGUUCUACCGGUUGUACGCGUUCCACCGGGUCGCGCUGGUGUUGAUGACGCUCGCGUCGUAUCAAAUGCAAAAAUGUCUGGGUCUGGAAGAUUCUGAGACUUGUCAUGCACGGUUUGCAUGAGCCAUGACGCUUGUGAUGCAUGCCCUAGCAUCACAGGUUUUUUGAGGGAUUCUUGAUGCUUAUUCCGCAUGACAAAUGCCCUCUCCGCGUAGCAAAAAUUAGAAUCCUUUUGCUGCUCAUGCAACACAAAUUUUUUAGAUAUCCAAAUGCAGCAUCACAAGUUGCAUUCUUCCAGACCCAGACAUUUUUACAUUUGAUACGUCGCUGGUGAUUCUCUUCGUCUUCUUCGUGCUGUUUCCGGCGUUGUUGCAGGGCCUGGUGCAGCGACUCCGGAGUAGUCCCUCCCGCAGGUGGAAGGGUCGGGAAUUGGACGUGGAUUUCGGCGACUUGGAAAACGGGAACAGAUAUGACGUUAGCCAGAACAAGCGGUUUUUCUACAGUCACACGCCCGAGGUGGAGGAGGAAGUGUCCGGCCUGAUUUCCCGCCGCGGGCUGAGCAAAAGCCCACCCCUGGACUCCUUCCUCAACCAAGAUCCUGAUAUUUGA